UUUUGCUCAACUUUAGCACAUAAAAAUGAGUGUAGAUACUGUGUUUCCCUUCGCUUCACGUCGCUCUGUUGUGUAUGGAACUAAUGGAAUGGUUGCAAGCUCUCAGCCGUUAGCAACACAAGCUGGAAUUGACAUCCUUAAGAAAGGAGGCAACGCAGCGGAUGCCGCUAUUGCAGUUUCCGCUGCUUUGGGAGUAACUGAGCCUGCAUCGACAGGUAUUGGCGGUGAUGCAGUUUACAUGUUUUAUAAUGCAAGGACCCGUAAAGUCACUGGAAUCAAUGGCACAGGAAGAGCUCCUGCAGCAAUAACUGCAAAAUAUUUACGCGAACAAGUUGGGAUUGAGCACCCUUCUCUCCCGGAGCAUAGUAUUCACGCUAUCACUGUACCCGGUGCGGCAGCUGCAUGGGUAGAUACAGUAGAACAUCACGGAUCUGGUAGACUGGACAUGGCCGCAAUUCUGGAGUCAUCAAUCAAUUUGGCCGAGAACGGAUUCCCUGUAUCUUAUAUUUCAGCAGGAAUGUGGGAAGUGCAGAUAGACAUCACAAAGAAAAUGAGUGGCCCAGAAAGCCCAUUGCUUCUCGAUGGCACUCGUGCUCCUGCUGAAGGCGAGUUGAUGAGAUUUCCUGACCUUGCAGAUACUUACAAAGCUAUUGCUGCACAAGGAAAGGAUGGGUUUUACAAGGGGCGUAUCGCAGAUGCUAUUGUAAACGCAAUCAAAUCACGUGGAGGCUUGAUGACUCAACAGGAUCUCGCUUCACACACAUCCGAAUUCAUCAAUGAACCGAUUUCAAUGGAUUAUCAUGACAAAACAAUAUGGGAAAUGCCACCAAAUACACAAGGCAUCACCACACUGAUUGCGCUUGGGAUUAUAAAGGCUUUGGAAGAAGAACAUGGAUUGGAAAUUUCCAAACUAGAGCAUAACUCGGCAGAGUAUCUCCAUGUUAUUAUCGAGGUCAUGCGUUUGGCGUUUGCAGAUGCUAGGUAUUAUGUGAGCGAUCCUCAGGUGAUGGCCGAUGCUGUUCCGACCAAAAAAUUAUUGAGCAAGGCAUAUCUUUCCGAACGUGCCAGAUUGGUGGAUAUGAAAAAGAGAAAUAACACGGUUCAGAAAGGAUAUCCCGAGCGGAAUAGUGAUACUGUGUAUUUUUCUGUCGUUGACGCAGAGGGAAAUGCAUGCAGUGCCCUGAACUCGACAUUUUCGGUCUUUGGGUCCAAAGUGGUCCCUGACAAAUGUGGAUUCCCUCUCCACAAUCGAGGAUGUACAUUCGUUCUCGACGAAAGUCUUCCCAAUUGUAUUGGUCCUCGGAAACGGCCCCAUCACACUCUUAUUCCAUCCAUGGUCACUCGAAAAACAACCAAUGGCGACCAUGAACUUGCAGCAUGCCUUGGAAUUAUGGGCGGCUACGUUCAACCACAGGGUCAACUCCAAUUUAUCAUGAGCUUGAUGCAUUUUCUUGCCAACCCGCAACAUGCUGUUGAUGUACCUAGGAUUUGCGUUGCUCCGCCGCGAACGAAAGAAAACACGCCCAAUUUUGAACUCACGCCUAAUGCACGUAUCUUUUUGGACCUAACCAGCUCGAUUGUGUGUGUUGAGGAAGGCAUUCCUCAAAAAGUUAUCGACGAAUUGGAAGCCAUGGGACAUGUCUGCGAGGUGAUUGGGGGUCAUGAACGCGCGUUCUUUGGCCGAGGUCAGAUCAUCCUAGUUAAAAGAGAUCGUAGUACCGGUCAACAGAUUCUUGCUGGUGGGAGUGAUCCACGCGGCGAUGGCCACGCUGUGGGUAUAUCAGGCUCGGUCUCAAGACCAUCAAAGCUUUGACAUUGUUGUCUCGUUCUCCUUCACCGCAACCCAUUGAAAAGUUAUGCAACAAUGGCUCAAAAAAAC